GUGAGAACCGAUGAUGGGUAUAUAUUGAGCCUGCAAAGAAUUCCGGAAGGUCGCGGUGGUGGUGAUGGUGGUGGGAACAAGAAGCAGCCAGUCUUGUUGCAACAUGGGGUUCUUGUGGAUGGAGUGACAUGGUUGCUGAAUUCUCCGAAUCAAUCUCUGGCGUUGAUCUUGGCUGAUAAUGGGUUUGAUGUAUGGAUUGCUAACACCAGAGGGACCAGAUUCAGCAGGCGACAUGUCAGCCUUGAUCCUGGCAAUCCGGACUUCUGGAAUUGGACAUGGGAUGAUCUGGUGACCCACGACCUACCAGCUGUUCUUGAUUUUGUGUUCAAACAAACUGGGCAGAAGACUCAUUAUGUAGGCCAUUCCUUGGGAACUUUGAUAGCUUUGGCUUCCUUCUCAGACGGAAAACAAAUUGAUAAGGUGACAUCAGCGGCUUUGCUAAGCCCCGUUGCUUACCUGAGCCACAUGACCACUGCCCUUGGAGUUCUCGCGGCUAGAGCUUUUGUUGGUGAGAUUACUAAGCUGUUGGGUGUGGCAGAAUUCAAUCCUAAGGGGGAACCAGUAGCCAAAUUUCUCAAGACUCUCUGUGCUGAUCCAGGAGUUGACUGCUACGACUUAAUGUCUGCACUUACUGGUAAGAACUGCUGUCUCAACUCGUCCACCGUUGACAUUUUCUUGAAGAAUGAGCCUCAAUCUACAGCAACUAAGAACAUGGUGCAUUUGGCUCAGACUGCUCGUAAUGGAAUCCUAGCAAAGUAUGACUAUGGAAACCCCGACUUCAAUGUGGAGCACUAUGGUGAAGCCAAGCCUCCUGUUUAUAACCUCUCUGAGAUUCCCCAUAACCUUCCCCUCUUCCUUUGCUAUGGAGGCCAAGAUGCUCUCUCUGAUGUAAGAGACGUUGAGAAUUUGCUUGACAGUCUCAAGCUACAUGAUGAAGACAAGCUACAUGUUCAAUACAUCAAGAACUAUGCUCAUGCUGAUUUCAUAAUGGGGAUAAAUGCCAAGGACAUUGUGUAUAACCAAAUUGUUGCAUUUUUCAAAAACCAGCACUAAUUUUAAGGCAAUCAAUGGCGCCUCGGUCUAAUGUGACAGGGCAGCUUUGUACUAGCUAAUUUUA